CCCUCCGUCCUCCCCCAGGCGGCCCCCCGGACCAGGAAGGCUUCUUCGACCUGCUGAGCCACGUGCAGGGAGGACGCAUGGAGGAGCAGCGCUGCCCCCUGCAGGCCGGGCCCGGCCAGGCUCCUCCCGGAGGAGGGGGAGAGGGCGGCUCCUCCGUCCUCCCCGAGAUGGACGGCCUGAUGGACAUGGUGGCCAGCACCCAGGGGCGCCGUAUGGAUGACCAGCGAGUGACCGUCAACUCCCUGCCGGGCUUCCAGCCCCUGGGGCCCAAGACGGGCCCCCCGAGGAGGCCGGGCACGCUGAGCCCGCAGCCCCUUCUGGCCCCCCAGGACCCCGCGGCCCUGGGCUUCCGCCGGAACAGCAGCCCCCAGCCGCAGACGCAGGCGCCGUGAGGGGACCCCGAAACCGAGCCCCCGGGAACCUCGGCCCCCCCAAACCGCGCCCCAAACCUCAGUCCCCUCAAACCUCAGACACCCCAAAACCGAGGACCCCUGGAACCUCAGCCCCCCAAAACCGAGGACCCAUGGAACCUCAGCCCCCCAAAACCAAGGACCCCCAACCUCAGACACCCCAAAACUGAGGACCCGGAAACCUCAGCCCCCAAAACCAAGGACCCCAACCUAAGUCCCCCCAAACCUCAGACACCCCAAAACUGAGGACCCAGAAACCUCAGCCCCCAAAACCGUGGCCCCCCAGAACCUCAGCCACCCCAAAACCAAGGACCCCAGAACCUCAGCCACCCCAAAACCGUGGCCCCCCAGAACCUCAGCCCCCCAAAACCUCAGCCACCCCAAACCGAGGACCCCUGAAACCUCAGCCCCCCAAAACCGAGGACCCCAGGGACAUCAGCCCCCCAAACCUCAGCCCCCCAAAACCAAGGACGCCAGGAACCUCAGCCCCUCCCGGAACCGCGGUCCCCGGAACCUCAGACACCCCCAAACCUCGGCCCCCCAAAACCUCCAACCUCCCAAACCACGGCCCCCCGAAAUCACGACCCCCAAAACUUCAGCCCCCUGGAAACCACGUCCCCCAAACCUCAGCCACACGAACCUCGGCCCCCAGAACCUCAGCCCCCCAAAACCUCAGCCCCCAAAACUGAGGAUCCCCCAAACCUCAGCCCCCAAAACCGUGUCGCCCUGGUGCCUCAGACACCCCAAACCUCGGCCCCCCAAAACCGUGUCGCCCUGGAGCCGCAGACACCCCAAAACCUCAGCCCCCCAAAACCACACAAUAAAACACUCCGUGAAGACGA